AUGGCAUUCCCAAAGCCAGAUGUUAAAUCUUUAGAUGAGAUGAUUACCAGUCAGCCAUGCGCUUCUAAUGAUACCGACGUUGUCGAAGAACUGGCGAGCACCAAAUCUUCACAAGCAGAGCAUCUGAUCCCCCAGCCAUCACUGAAUGAGACCACCCAAACUAUAUCAGCAAAAACUGCGGAUGAAACAGCCAGUUUGGAAUUAGCCCAGGAGAACUCAGAGCCCACAACUACGGAUCUCAUGAAAAGCAUGGUCGAUACAAAAUCGGCGGAAUCCGCGAAUACCAGUCGUCCUCAUCCGGCCGCUUCCACUAAUCCGAGCACUACAAAAAAUAUAGCGCUGUUCAAUCCUGUGAUAUCUGACAAGAAAAAUACCCAGGUCGAUGAUGAGAAACAAGUCAAGGAUACGCCAAAAAAGUCAAACAAGCUUGCUUCCAAGAACAAUAUCGCACCCCAGGACACUGCUAAAAAGCAGCAGAAGACUACAACUGGCCAAAAACAUGAAUCCAAACCUGAGUCAUUGAAGAAGGCACAAAGCCCAAAGCAGGCGAAGACUGAACUAAAAUCUAACUUUAAAUCCACGAUGGAUACCAAACCCAAAUCAGAAAACAUUGUCAAGCCAAAGCAGGCUACCCAACGUAAAGUUGCGACAAAAAGCCAGGCUUCCACCAACGCCAAGGCGUCGUCUGUUAAAGAGAAUACCAAUACCAAUGCUUCAAAGCCAAAUCUCAAGUGCGACCCUUCUAAAACAUCUGGUUCAAGUGCCAAAAAGCCUGAGACCAAAUGCGGCUCUUCGAAGAAGGCACAAAAUCGAAAGCAGUCAAAGGUUGAACCACAAUCAAAAUCGACAUCCGUGAUCUACACCAAACCCAAAUUAGAAGAUAUUGUCAGGCCAAAGCAGGCUCCCCAACGCAAAGCCGCGGCAAAAAACAAGGCUUCCACUAACGUCGAGGCGUCAUUUACUAAGGAAAUGCCGAUACCAAGGUGCCAAAGCCAAAUCUCAAACGCAAUCUUUCUAAAACAUCUGCCUCAAGCCUACCACCAUCGCCUAAGAAACGCAAAGCUUCAUCUAAGCUCACUGGAACUGAUAUUCUGGACACUGAACAUCCAAUUCUACAAAAAGUACGGGUUGUCAGCUCUUUGA